GCGUCUCUGUGCUCAGGUGCAGCUAUGUCCUAUCCGAGUGCCCCACCGCCGUACAAUGACCGAGACCCCCUGAAUCAGCCAUACCCUGGAGCGGGGGGUUAUCCACAGCCGGGGGGAUUCCCUGCGGCAGGGGGCUAUCCACAGCCUGGCCCUUAUCCUCCUGCUUAUGGUCAGCCUGGGGGCUUCUACCCUCAGCCGGGGGGUUACCCUUCACACGGUGGAUACCCGGAGCCGGGACACAAUGAGCCUCCAAAGCCCCCCGUGAUGCCCAUUCUGCCCACGAUUCCUCUGAACACAGGUGAUGCCGGCAUAUACAGGACAGAUGACCAAGAUGGACAGUUUGGUUCCUGGGAUGACAAAGCCGUGCGCCAUACUUUCAUCCGGAAGGUCUACUCGAUCAUAACCGUCCAGCUGCUGAUUACCGUGGCCUUCAUCGCCGUCUUCACCUACGUGGAACCCGUGAAAUCGUUUAUAAUCCGCACGCCGGGGAUUUAUUACGCGUCCUACGCCGUGUUCUUUGUGACAUACAUGGUCCUGGUCUGCUGCGAGGGUCCCAGGAGGCGUUUUCCCUGGAAUAUAAUCCUUUUGGGCGUUUUUACUCUCGCCAUGUCCUUUAUGACGGGGACUAUUGCAAGUUUUUACAGCACCAAAGCCGUCCUGAUUUGCAUCGGCAUCACAACAAUCGUUGCCUUCGCGGUGACCAUCUUCUGCUGCCAGACCAGGGUGGAUUUCACGUCCUGCGGAGGAUUCUUCGCCGUCCUGGGGAUCGUCGUCUUCAUUACUGGGAUCGUAACGGCCAUCGUCCUGGCGUUUAAAUACGUAUAUUGGCUGCACAUGCUGUACGCUGCGAUCGGAGCGAUUGCUUUUACACUGUUCCUGGCGUACGACACGCAGCUGGUCCUCGGUAACCGGAAGCACACCAUCAGCCCGGAGGAAUAUGUUUACGGCGCCUUGAAGAUCUACACCGACAUCGUUUACAUCUUCACCAGUCUCCUACAGAUCGUGGGGAGCCGGGUUUAGAGCCCACGCAGCCCCUCGUGCUUUCAGAGAGGAUCCCCCCUACCCUCGUUCUGUCUUCUGGCGCUCUUCAGGGCUCCUGCCCACCUCUCGCCCCAUGCGGUGGGUGUUCGGUGGCAACAACAGACGGGAUACAUUAUGCUCAAGGACGAUUACAGCCCCGUUAUAUAGGAGGUUCCUCCCGGCGGGUAUCUCUGGGGGACGGGGUAUCUGGGGUAAUAUAUACCCAAGCACAGCAUUUUUAGAGUUAAUUGUCAAGGUCACCUGCUGCGGGGUUAGACAUGUGCCUUAUAACGACCCCCAGCGGGGCUGCUUCCAGUCUUGGUUUGAUUUGUACCCGGUGAUCCGGGAGCCCUUUAACCUCCGUAUUACCCGUCCGUCCGAUAUAUCGGCCCCUGGAUCUGUGCCUUGAGGGCCGCGGAGGCUGCGACAGAUCUGUCGUCUAAUGAUAUGCAAAGUUCUAAUGGCGUCACAUCCCGCCGCACACGCGUGUUACACAAUUACAUGUACAGAGUUUAUAUUCUAA